AUGUACGGAUACGUCACACCAGCGCAAUCCAAGCCGAUGAUCAGCGCUUCGAGUAAGAACGAGAAGAUAUUGCCCAUGACUAAGAAGAGUGGAGAACGUAAAGUGCCCUCAGGCGCCAGGCGACCCUGCUACGGUACAGUACAUGUAGAUGCUGUCGGAGGUUUCAGAGCAACGGGUGGAUUCAAGCAGGAGAUCCAAAUCCAGUUAACGCCACCGCCAAACGAUGUUAGCGCUUUAAGCAACGCGCAUCGGUCUUACAUGUGGAGGCAUUUUAUGAAUUGUGCGUGCACAAAUUUUCUGCUCGGAGGAGCUCCAACUCCAGCUGCAUUUUGCUCCAAGUUCCACCCAGUAGCCUCUUCUUAUCGCAAAAUGCUCGCCCGCACGUCUGCUCUGCGCCGCGCGGCCUCGACUGCCACCGGUGCUGUUCGCAACGCCAGCACGAUCCAAUCCAUCCACGCGCGCGAGAUCAUCAACAGCCGCGGCAACCCCACAGGCGAGGCGGAUCUGACGCGGGAACUGCACUGGAAUCGUCCGCACGUGGCCAACGGUCGAGAGUAA